UACUAUGAGUUCCGCCCCCUUCCCCUCGCGCUGCAGCGAUGAAAGCAGAGGGAUAAACCCGAGACACACCAGUGGAUGUGCCAUAAAACUGUAUAUUAGAGCUGAGAUAUCCUUCUGUCGGGAGUUUGCCUUUGUCGGGCUCGCAGCUCUCUGGUGGUCUAGCCGAAGAUAAGAACCAAAUCUGUUGUGAGAGCGAGACCUGAGCAACACACAUCGAAGGAGGGGAGAGGGGGCGGGUGUUCUCGGCGGCCCACUGCAGUCUGAAUCACCGGAGUCUCGGCUCACCACCGGCUCAUCAUCGACGCCGUUCGCCCCGUCUACGUGAGCAUCCUCUUGGAGGAAGAAAGCAACGGGACCCAAGUCCGUGUUUGACCCCCCUGCCGCAGCCCCGAAGUGCGCUGCUAGGCAGAGCAUACUAAAUAAUGAGCCAAAGGGACACACUGGUUCACCUGUUCGCAGGAGGAUGUGGUGGUACAGUGGGCGCCAUUCUGACUUGUCCUCUGGAGGUUGUGAAGACCAGACUGCAGUCCUCUGCCAUCACUCUUUACAUCUCUGAAGUCCAGCUCAGCACCGUCAAUGGGGCCAGUGUGGCACGUGUGGCUCCACCAGGACCUCUGCACUGUCUCAAGUUAAUUCUUGAGAAAGAGGGACCCCGUUCCCUCUUCAGAGGACUUGGACCCAACCUUGUGGGUGUGGCACCUUCCAGGGCGAUCUACUUCGCGGCCUACUCAACAGCCAAGGAGAAGCUGAAUGGGGUGCUGGAGCCAGACUCUACCCAGGUGCACAUGGUGUCGGCUGGGAUGGCAGGGUUCACCGCCAUCACAGCCACCAAUCCCAUCUGGCUGAUUAAGACCCGUCUGCAGCUGGAAACAAGAAACCGGGGCGAGCGGCGAAUGAACGCAUUCGAGUGCGUGCGGCGAGUGUACCAGAUGGACGGCCUGCGAGGUUUCUACAGGGGCAUGUCAGCCUCAUACGCUGGCAUCUCUGAGACUGUUAUCCAUUUUGUCAUCUAUGAGAGCAUCAAACGUAAACUGCGAGAGUCCAAGUCCCACGCCAGUAUGGACGAAGAGGAGGAGUCGGUCAAAGACGCCUCAGACUUUGUGGGUAUGAUGCUCGCAGCAGCCACCUCCAAAACCUGCGCCACCUCUAUCGCAUAUCCUCAUGAGGUGAUCCGGACACGGCUACGAGAGGAAGGCAGCAGGUAUCGCUCCUUCUUCCAAACUCUCCUGACAGUACCCAGGGAGGAAGGAUACCGGGCGCUGUACCGCGGCCUCACCACCCACCUCGUCAGACAGAUUCCCAACACCGCCAUCAUGAUGUGUACAUACGAAGUGGUGGUUUACUUGCUUGGCCGUUAGAUCAGCACGUUCGCCUCCUUCCUGUGCGAAGAGGCAGACAGUUAGCAAAUGACUGAGAAGGAGGGCCGAGGAAACGUGGGUACAAAAUGGCAAAAUGAAGACCAAAGGAAAAAAGAACCGAUUCUAGUGGACCAUCCAUCCAUCCACCCAUCAUUUUUAUCCUUUGCAGGGGGACUGGAGCUGAUCACAGCUGACAUCGGGCAUCGGAAAGGCAAUUUUAAACCAGUUAAGUUGCAUGUCUUUGGAAGCCAAAGGGAACACCCAGAGGAAACUCAUGCAGACACCAACAUGUGAAGUCCACACUGAAAGGCUGCGGCCUUCUCGCAGUCAUGCGACAGUGCUGACCACUGCUCCACUGUGCCACCUCUUGUGUACGAGAAGAGGACAUAUCAACAAAAGAUCAAAAAGUUUUAAAAGAGAAAAAAGCCCUUUGUCACCAAAUUAAGCAUCAUCACCUCCAGUUCCCUUUAUCAGACUGCUUUAACAGAUCGAGGGCACUACAGUUCACAGAAGAAGACAAGAAACUGGCAGGAAAAGCCACAGAAUGAGUUUGGCACCUGUCAAACAGAUGGUACUUCUGAAGGAAAAGAUUUUAAGCACAAUUCAGUGGCCUUAAUAGAAAGGUAUGGUCCUUCUCUUUGAGUGCUGAGUUAAAAGCAACCUGUUUCACUCUCAGGUGGAGAUGAUAUUGUGGGAGGGGAAUGCUUGGAGGCAACUGAAUUUAACAGAAAAGAUGAUCACUAAUCGUAGGUCAGUUUUAAUAAUCCAAAAAUGUACUUGGCUCUAUUUGUCCGCACUUGCUUCAGUGCUGUGAGACUGCUGCAUCAUAAGAUGAGAUGGCAGUUAAGGAAUGUUUGUUUAAAGGACCCAUAUGUUUAACUUUCUACAGUACACUAUAUUUUAAAGCAGAAUGUAAGAAGGAAGCUAGCAUUUAAAUCUAAGACAUCAGUCGGCCGUAUCUUUGCACUUCAUAAAAGCGUUGCUUGAAGCAUUCCCCCGUGAUCUCUGCAGUCCCC